CCUUUUUUCGGUUCAAGUUUUGUUCUUCUCCGGUCUUGGCCAUUCUAUCUUACUGUUCUUGGCUCCGGGUGGAGAGGGAGGGAAGGGAGAGGGGAGGAGAGAGAGAGAGAGAGAGUGGGUUAGGGUUUCAGGUUAUGGGAUUUGAGCGAUGUCGGGCGAGAAGCCGCCGGUGGAGUUCUGCAAGGGCGUCAAUGGCCUCGACAAGGUCGUGCUGAGAGAGGCCAAGGGGAGUUCGGCCGAGGUCUAUCUAUAUGGUGGUCAAGUGACAUCUUGGAAAAAUGACCAGGGGGAGGAGUUGCUUUUUGUCAGCAGCAAGGCAAUUUUCAAGCCUCCAAAAGCUAUACGUGGGGGCAUCCCAAUAUGCUUUCCUCAAUUUUCAAACAAUGGACCUCUCGAGCAGCAUGGGUUUGCAAGGAACAGGUUCUGGAGUAUCGACACUGAUCCACCACCUUUCCCAACAAAUACCUCUAAUAAAGCUUUUGUUGAUUUAAUUCUUAAGCCAUCUGAAGAAGAUCUGAAGAUCUGGCCCCAUAGUUAUGAAUUUCGUCUACGGGUUACUUUGGGACCUGGAGGAGAUCUCAUGCUGACAUCACGCAUAAGAAAUACUAAUAAUGAUGGAAAGCCAUUCUCCUUUACAUUUGCAUACCACACUUAUUUUUCUGUCUCUGAUAUCAGUGAAGUGCGAGUAGAAGGAUUGGAGACUCUGGAUUACCUUGACAACUUACAGGAAAAGCAGCGUUUCACAGAACAAGGAGAUGCGAUAACCUUUGAAUCUGAAGUGGACAAAAUAUAUCUUGGCACACCAACCAAGAUUGCAAUUUUGGACCAUGAGAAAAAAAGAACUUUUGUUUUGCGGAAAGAUGGACUUCCGGAUGCAGUGGUAUGGAAUCCAUGGGACAAGAAGGCCAAGGCUAUGGCAGAUUUUGGGGAUGACGAGUACAAGCAUAUGUUGUGUGUGGAGGCAGCAGCUAUUGAGAAGCCCAUCACUCUGAAGCCUGGUGAGGAAUGGAAAGGGAGGCUGGAGCUGUCCACUGUACCCUCCAGUUACUGUAGUGGACAACUGGAUCCUCAAAGGGUUCUUCAAGGUUGAAGCAUCUAGCUGUCUGGCACAUCCUGUGCAGGUGCAGUUGUUGCAUUUAUGGUAUGGGUGCUCGGCAGCAAGCAAGUUACCUGUAGUUCUUUUCUUCCUUUCGCCAUUCCCAUGUUCCAUUGAAAGCUUAAUAGUGGAUUCUGAGUCAAACUUUUCUAUGGAAUAAUAGUGUUUUAUGUCGAGCUUUGAUUCAUAUCUCAUGCAGAAAAGAAUGUCAAGUUGAACCGGUGUGUAAAAAUGAUUGAAGCGCUGCCUGUUUCUUAUUUUUGUAUCAUAUCAUAAGUUGAUAAUUACCUGAGUUAUAAGGUCUCCUGAGCCUUUCUGAAUGCAUUUAUUGUUUCCAUUC